AGUUUGCGAAUAGUGCUCACAACGUGAGGUUCGUUCCGUGUGUUUCUCUCUAGUUACCAACAAACCGUUCGUAACUAAUCGCUGCUCUCUCGAGUACUCGAGAUAAGAAAGACGUAGAAAGUUCAAGUGCGACCGAUAAGUGAGCCAUUAUCGACGGUGUGUUUACUUUGGGUGCUGCGAUAGCGCCGGCCGUCUGCUGAUCGAGGCCAUUUCCUUUGUUUUGUAUUAGAAGCUUCCCACCGUUGAAAGCGAGCAUGCGGAACCUGCUCAUCGAUCAGAUUGUAGAGGACGGCUACGCCGUCAUCGAUGAUUUUCUGACUGCCGACGAGGUUACGGAGCUUCUUGAAGCUGGACAAAACCUGCAUAAAGAUGCUCCAAAGGAGGAUCGACGGGUUUUUAGUACCAUCAACGCCAAAGCGACUCAGAGCAAGGAUCGAUACUUCAUCGAGAGUGGUGACAAAGUUCGGUACUUUUUCGAGGAAGGAGCUGUCGAUGAAAAUGGGGAGCUGCUAGUUGAUCCAUCAGUAGCCCUGAACAAAGUUGGACAUGCGCUUCAUACCGAGCAUCCGACAUUUUCGAAAGUUACCUUCUCGAACCGGGUCAAGGAAGUAUGCUGGCAGCUGGGCUUCCAAAAACCAGCCGUAGCGCAGAGUAUGUACAUUUUCAAGAACCCCGGAGUUGGUGGAGAAGUAAAAUCCCAUCAGGAUGCGACCUACCUGUAUUCGGAACCGAGCUCAACUAUAGGCUUCUGGAUCCCGCUGGAAGACGCAACCACCCAAAAUGGCUGUCUACACUUCAUCAAAGGUUCACACAAAAGUGGUGUCCACAGGAGGUACAUCCGUAAUCCAGAUAAAACAUCGAGCGACCUGUUGAUAUACGACCGACCGGCGCCACUGUACCCGCAGUCUAAUUUUGUCCCCGUCCCGGUCAAGGCGGGCUCACUGGUGCUGAUCCACAGCCAGGCGGUGCACCGAAGCGAUGCGAACCGCUCGGACCGGAGCCGGCAUGCGUACACGUUCCACGUGAUCGAAACGGAGAACUGCGCUUACUCGAAGGAAAACUGGUUGCAGCCGAGCGAAGAGCAACCUUUUCCGGUGCUUUUCGAGAGAAACUGAGUUGUUGCUGUUUGUUGUUCGCGUUGAAUAGCUUGUUGAGACGUGAGUGCCAUAGAUGAUUAUGAUUAUGAGAAUGUUUAUUUUUUUCUAGCUUGUGUACGAGAAAAUAUAUAUACCUACCUUUUAUUAA